AUGCCGUCCGAAACGUGUCUGACAACUUUUAUUCGUGCUGCCCUAUUGGUCGGCAUCUUGUACGCCUGUAAAUUGCCGGGAACCGUAGCAGCACGACGCUAUACUUUAUCCAAUCUCUCUGCGUACAGUAACAUCAUGGAAGAAGACACACGCGAACUGAACCCUUCUUUCGGACUGAACUAUCACUCUUCGAAGUGUGUCUUUAAAGGAUUUUUCCGACAACCAGGUGCUUACGCUUGUUGGAGCGAAUGGGGUCCAUGGUCGAUCUGUACAAAGCCUUGCAGCGGCGGCAUGAGAACGAGGCACAGAAAAUGCGAAACGUCGCAGACCGAAGGCAUCUGGUGCAUCGACAAGGGAUUUGAAAUGCAGGUACUUUCCGUUGUUUGA